AUGGCGGCGCACAGCCGCCGCAGUCGCAGCCCCGAGUCGGCUCGCCGUCGUGCUCAUCUUCUCCAUCGCUCGCUCAAGCCAUCCAAGCCCAACCAACACCAUGCUCACGAACGCCGCCGCCCGCAAACUGCAGGCCGCCUGCCGCUGGGAAGCAACUUCGCCGCCGUGGCGUGGCCGACGGAGCCGGCGACGCGGGCGAUCCUGACCGGCUUCGACGCCGGCCUCUCCGCGCGUGGCCUCGCCGACGACUUGGAGCACGUGGCGGGCACGGUCUGGCGGUGCCGGGUCAAGACUUCCGUCACGCCGCCCGAGUCCUACCCGGACUUCCAGCUACCCGUCCCCGCCACCGCCGACGACGACUACGACGCGGUGUUCCACCACCAGGACGAGCCGUCGUCGCGGCACGGUCGCGUGGCCCCUCACGCCUUCGUCCACUUCGAGCACCCCAUCGCCGCGGACCGCGCCGGCGACUUCUUCAGGAUGCGCGUCCCCGCGCAGAACAGCUACGUACUACAUGGCCGGGCGGCCCGCCCGCGGGACGGCGGCACUGACGACACCAGGCGGCGGCCGAUGCUGUUCCCGAACUCGCGCGUCGAGGUCGGCGACGUCGUGGCGCCCGGCACCUUCCUCAUCGCCUGGCGCGGGACCGACGACUCCGCCUCAGCACUCGACUUCGUCGUCGACCCGUCCGCCGGUUGCUGCCGGCUGCUGUUCGCCCGCGACACCGCCUUCACGUUCCCCGACUUCCACCACCGCCCAGCGGUGCUGCUAUGCUGCGACGUCAAGCUGGAGUUCUCCGUCGCCGACGUCGCCGAGGUCCUGGCGUUCGAGGCCGAUGAAUCGCUGCUCCUGCGACUCUCGGCCGCGCCCCUCGUGUACUACCGCACGGCGGGCGAUGACGUCCAUGACCGCGUGCCAUUGCACCUGAUCGACGUUGAGGACGACCCCUGGAUACGAACCACCGACGUCACCCCGAGCGGCGCGAUAGGCCGGUGCUCGGCGUACAGGGUCUCCUUCGCGGCGAGGUUCUGGCCGACGAUGAGGGCCGCGCUGGAGUACAUGAAGAAGCAGGGGGUACCCGUCGACGUCUGUGACACCCGGUGCCGGGGUUUCACCGUGCUUGAGGAGCCGGACUUCGGGCGGCCAAUGCUGGACGUGUUCUUCUCCCAGCGGCACGACGAAGGCCUGCAGUUUCCGGAGCUGUACUUGGUUAAUGUGCUGAUCCACAAUGGGACAGUCAAUCCACACCAGCUGACGUCUGAGUUCUUCAGUUUGCUGAGGAGGGCACGUGAAGAUGUCAAUGUUGCUGCGUUGACAGAAUUGUUUGGUACAAAGCUUCAAGUUUGUAGCAAUCCAUGCUCGAGGUUGAAGAACGCGCAGGAUAGGGCGACCAAGAAUCUCAAUCUUCUCUUUCACAGCAGCAGCAGAAAGGCUGGUGAUUACAAUGUUUCUGAGGUGCGGAGGCUGAUCAUCACUCCCACCAGGGCAUACUGCAUGCUACCUCAACUGGAGCGCUCUAACCGUGUUACCCGGCAUUAUCAUCAACUGUCAGAUCGCUUCCUGAGGGUUACUUUUGUGGAUGAGGGUAUGCUGCCACUGAACGCUACUGCAUUGAGCCUCCAUGUGGUGCCUCUUGUUAAGGACUUGAUGUCCAGCCCGUCCCAACAGAUGACAACAGUUUACAGGCGUGUCCAAACAAUCUUGACGGAGGGGUUCACCAUGUGUGGCCGGAAAUACUCAUUCCUUGCAUUCUCAACGAGCCAGCUGAAGCAAAAGUCAGCUUGGUUCUUUGCAGAGGGUGGAACAACUACUGUCGCAGGCAUAAAGGAGUGGAUGGGGCAGUUCCCGAUUAGGAAUCCUGCGAAGCAUGCUGCUCGAAUGGGGCUGUGCUUCACAUCUUCAUAUGCAACAGUGACAAUGCAGCCUUGUGAGGUUAAUGAGUAUCUUGAGGAUGUCAUUCAUAAUGGAUAUAAUUUCUCUGAUGGAAUAGGGAUGAUCACGCAGGACCUCGCGUUGGAAGUUGCUGAGAGGUUGCCACUGACGGAUAACUAUGCCCCAUCCGCGUACCAGAUCAGAUAUGCAGGGUUCAAGGGUGUUGUAGCUGUCUCGCCGGGACAAACUGAUGGGAUGCGGAUGUCUCUUAGGCCAAGCAUGAGGAAAUUUGAGUCUGCACACUCUGUGAUAGAAGUGGUGUCCUGGACAAAGUUCCAGCCAGCUUUCUUGAACCGCCAGAUUAUAACAUUGCUGACCAGCUUGGGUGUCCCGGAUGCUGUUUUUUGGCAAAUGCAGGAAGCGAUGCUAGGUAAUCUCAAAAGGAUGCUAUCAAACAGCGAUGUGGCGUACGAGGUUGUGACAAACUCCUGUCCUGAGCAUGGAAGUACCGCAGGACUGAUGCUGAGUGCUGGCUUUGCUCCUGCAACUGAGCCACACCUGAGAGCAAUGCUAUUAGCCAUCUGCGCCUCACAGAUGAAGGGUCUUUUGGACAAAACGUGGAUUUUUGUGCCCAAGGGAAGGUGGUUGAUGGGCUGUCUUGAUGAACUUGGGAUCCUUGAGCAAGGACAAUGUUUUAUCCGGGUCUCAACACCAUCACUCAACAACCGUUACUUGAAUCGUGGUUCGAUGAUUGCGUCGGAAUACAAAAAUAAUGCAGAGAUUAUUGUUGGUACAGUGGUAAUGGCGAAGAACCCAUGCCUUCAUCCAGGGGAUGUUCGUAUCCUUGAAGCGGUGGAUGUGCCUGAACUGCAUCACCUUGUUGAUUGCUUGGUCUUCCCAAGGAAAGGGGAGAGGCCACACGCCAAUGAAGCUUCUGGGAGCGAUCUUGAUGGCGACAUCUACUUUGUGACGUGGGAUGAAAAUCUUGUACCUCCCGGGAGAAAGAGUUGCACCCCUAUGGACUACUCCCCAGCUAAAACAAAACAACUACCACGCGACGUACAUCAACAUGAUACCAUUGACUUCUACUUGGAGAGCAUGGUAAAUGACAACCUUGGUCGAAUAUGCAAUGCUCAUGUUGCUCAUGCUGAUCGGAGUGAUGAUGGAGCAAUGGAUCCGAAGUGCGUUGAGUUGGCUGAACUUGCAGCUAUUGCUGUGGACUCCGCAAAGACUGGGGAAAUUGUGAGAAUGCCACCAUCCCUUUCACCAAAAGAAUAUCCUGACUUCAUGGGAAAGGAAGAUGACAUCUCCUACAAAUCAAAAAAGAUCCUUGGAAGGCUCUAUCGAUCAAUUCUAGUGGAAAACGGUGGUGAUUUUCUGUCACAAGGCACAUGCAUUUCAAAUGAGAAUCAAUAUGACACCGAUCUAGAAGUUCCUGGUGCCUUAAGUUUUCUUGAGGAUGCUUGGCAAUGCAAGUGCUUGUACGAAGCACAGCUAAAUACCCUGCUCAAUCAAUAUGGUGUGCAUAGUGAGGCUGAGCUUGUGACAGGGGAGAUAUGGUCACUUGUCGGAUAUAACAAGAAGUAUCAAUAUGAAUUAAAAGAGAGGCUCAACUAUGCAUAUUCCAAACUCCACCAACAGUUCCGAAGUAUCUUUGAAAGCAUUGAUGUCUCCUAUGGUGAGAACAAAAACCUAGCAUAUGAGAUGAAGGCAUCCGCGUGGUACCAAGUAACGUAUCACCCUGAAUUUAUCCGAUUAAGGGAGCCUGAUGAUGAGAAAACACCCGCAAGACUUAGUUUUGCAUGGAUUCCAGUUGAUUACUUGGCACAAAUAAAGAAAAAAUGUCAUGGAGAAAUGAAAGUUGAAGAGGGAAGGUCAGCCUACAUUUUCUAA